AUGUCCAAGGCGCAGCAUGAGCUGAGCGAGCUCCUCCAGGCGCAUUUGCCGUCGUUCCUGGACGAGAUGGCGAACCACCGCUACAAGAACGCGAAAGACAGCGUCCCGCUCGAGCAAGACGGGAACCGCGAGUGGCGCCACCUCUCGCGCUUGCUGCACAUGUGGGCCGACUGCGAAUCAACGUACCACAAGAUGACGUACUUGCAGCCCGAGUAUCUGUACAAGGACACGCUGCGCAGCUUGUACCUCCAGCUCAAGACGCAAAGCCUCGUGUGCGCCGACUUGCUGCAUUUCCACCGGCGCGACAAGGCCGGGUCCGAGUCGGACGUGGACAAAGUAGGUCCAUCGCUCGCCGCGAUCGCCGCGGCUGCCAAGUGCAGCACCCCCACGGUAGUCGCUCCCUCUGGCUAUUACGACUCGCUAAGGUUUUCAUGGCAGAGUGACCAAACCUUCCUCAACGACAACCCGUCCAGCGCCGGGUCGGUCGCGUCCAACCUCUCAGAGUUCGAUCAGUACUACGAGGGUCCGCCGUCGGUGCGCAUCAUCGAGUACAAGACGUUUCUCGACCAAUGCAGCCGAUACUUUGAGCAACGCCUUCUUCUCGUGUCGUUUUACCUCGGUUUGGCACGCGAAAAACCGCACGUUCACUAUUUGUUUGACUACAAAGAGAAGGAGCAGUCGCUCGAGAACAUCCAACAUGCGCUACGUACGCUCGAGCACCCGUUCUUCCACGCGCUGCAAACCGCCGCGACGAUGGAAGUGCAGACGAUUCGCGCUGCGCUCAAGUGCGAGAUGAUGCUGUCGCAGUACAACUACCUCCACUCGAUCAUGGCGCUGCACAAGCUCAAACAACAGCUUGGCGCGUGGGCCGAUCUUCUGGACCAAGCCGAAGAUGACGACGACGAGUCACCGGAUGGUACGACGUCGGAUUUGCGCAUUUCGCGCACGUCGCGCAACUCGGACCGCGUGCUUCCGACGCCGCCCGGCCGUCUGUCGUUGGAAAGCAAAGCGCACCUGUGUACCAAGCCGCAUCCGAUCGCAAAGCUGUUGAAGCGCGGCGAGUCGUCGUCGAACGUGUUGCAGCCGAGUGCGCACUCGCUCUCGUGCUCCAACUCGCAGCACGCCGCGCCGUUUGAUGACGCGAUUGUGCUGCCGCUCUUUCGGUGGUCCAAGAAGUUCUACCAGUCGCUCGUGGCCAAGUUUACGCUCUACUUUUACAAGUGGCUCGAUCAAAUGGACGGACAACUGCAGCCGCGGGGCAUUCUUCCGGUGCCAAAGGCGAUCGUCAACCACGUCGGCCUCGCGUACACGGAGCUCAUCGACACGUUCUUUUCGCGCCACUUCUUGCGCGACCACAGCGAGAGCGCGCAGCUUCUGCUCGUGCUCGACUCGGCGGGUCUUCCAGGUCCCUUCCACGCCAAGGGCUACCUCUGUCCGUCGCAGACGAUCGCAGGCCCGAAAAAAUCGUCGGCCAACCGCAUCCGCGCGGCCAACAAGACGUAUUUCGGCAAAGUGUCGCGGUACGACGAAGACAUUCACGGCGAAUUCGCGCCGCUGUGGGGCGUCGCGUCCUUCCCCGUCGUCUAUUGCUACCCCAAGGCCGAGCCGCCCGAGCACUUUGUGCCACGGCAUUUUCCAAACCUUGUGGGGCUGCUCCAGGACCUGCCGCCAUGGGACGCCAAGGCCAAGACGGCCCACACGUCGCCCAUUACGAUCCACCACGAGAAGAAGCCCGCGAGCACCUAUGCGAUCGCUCGCGUCGACGCGUGCGUCUACUUGACGCUCAUCUUCGAAAAGCGCAAGCAAGGACCGUCCGACAAGGUGUUGCAGGACCUCUUGGUGCUCUUGCUGAGCAGCCUCCAGCACACGACCGUGUUUCGAUAGACGUUGACGCAGUAUCCUGCGUGUAGAUGGAUAACGAAUUGCAUUUUUGAUGGAUCGUUGGAGUCAUGG